AUGGAAAACCUCAGUCUCAACGAUCCUCCUCAGCAGCCUGCGUCGCCGCAAAGAUUACCGCAUCCACAACAACACCCACAACAACAAAAUGCAGUGUUCCCUGGCCCGGCCCCGCCUCAAGGUGCUCCUCAGUUACCGCCGCAGAUGUUCACGACCGCGGCUCAAUUGUUGGAUUUGACGGACAAGAAACUCCUCCUUGUCCUCCGAGACGGACGCAAGAUUUUCGGGGUACUACGGUCAUGGGAUCAAUUCGCGAACCUCGUUCUCACCGACACGAAAGAGCGGUAUUUCGUCUCUGUUCCCUCAGCAACCUCCGCAGAUUCUGCAAACCCUCAGUCACAGUCACAACAGCCACAACCCACUCGGAACCUCUACUGCGACAUCCCCCGCGGCACCUUUCUCGUGCGGGGCGAAAACGUCCUCCUUUUGGGCGAAGUCGAUCUCGACAAGGACGACGAUCCUCCCCCGGGAUAUGAAGAAGGAGAUGUCGAAGAGGUGUUUCGGAUACAAAAGGAGGCAGAGAGGGAAAGGAAGAAAAAGGAUCGAUUGAAAGGCAAGAAGACAGCGUGGAGGGAUCCGGAAGGGAGUGGGGAGGUUUUGUUCUGA